UAAUGGCUUCUCCUACAAUUGUUAUUUGCACCUCUUGCCACAUGUACAGUUUAUCUAUCUCUGUCGCUGAUGAGGGAUUCACAUGUGAUAAAUGCAGGGAAACAGUUAGGCUGACAGAGAAGAUUUCAGAAUUAGAGACACGCAUCCAAACUUUAAUUGAGGACAGUAAGAAUGUUAGGGCUCUAGAUAUGGCUUUGGAUGCUUCUAGCUCAGGGAUUCCUGUACAUUGUCCGGUUCCAGCAGAGCCCCUGCAGCAGGGCAACUGGGUGACGGUGAGGCAGCGUAGUCGUGGGUCAAAACACCGCUCUUCUGUUCCGAUCAAAACAUUAAACAGGUUCUCCCCACUCAGUGAUGCACCCACUGAGAAACCUGAUGAAAGUGCUCUAGUUAUUGGCGAUUCUAUUGUACGGAACGUGAAUAUAGAGACACCAGCCACCAUAGUCAAAUGUUUACCGGGAGCCAGAGCGCCUGACAUCUUGGCAAAUUUAAAAGUGCUGGCUAAUGCUAAACGUAAAUACAGUAAGAUUGUUAUUCAUGCCGGCGCUAAUGAUGUUCGACUUCGCCAGUCGGAGAUCACUAAAAAUAACUUUAAAGAGGUGUGUGAACUUGCAAGCACGAUGUCAGACACUGUAAUAUGCUCUGGUCCCCUGCCUGCUUACCGUGGUGAUGAGAUGCAUAGCAGAUUGUCAUCACUCAAUGGCUGGAUGUCUAAGUGGUGCCCACAGAAUAACAUAGGUUAUAUAGACAAUUGGACGAGCUUUUGGGGCAGACCAGACCUGUUUAAAAGAGAUGGUCUGCAUCCCUCCUGGGGUGGCGCCACUCUUCUGUCUAGAAAUAUGGCAAAUAGUCUUAGUGUUUAUACUUGACUAACUGGGGCCCAGGUCAGGAAGCAGACAGACUGGCUAAACCGACCGUCUGCUAGCUGCCUCCCGUCACAGAGGUCAGUUAAUUCUCAGCACAUAGAGACUCUUUCACCUAGAUAUCACACUAUAGAGACUGUGUCUGUUCCACGAACUAGAAAAUACAAAAAACGUCCAAACCAAGUUAAGGUUAACAAUUUAAAUUGAGGUUCAACAAAUAAAAAACAAAUGCAAUAUGGAUAAACAAAUGAUAAAGAUUGGCUUAUUGAAUAUCAGAUCCAUUUCUACGAAAACACUUUUUGUAAAUAAUAUGAUAACUGAUCAUAAUAUAGAUGUGCUCUGCUUGACAGAAACCUGGCUAAAACCUGAUGAUUACAUUAUUUUAAAUGAGUCCACCCCCCAAGAUUAUUGUUAUAAACACGAGCCGCGUCUAAAAGGCAAAGGGGGAGGUGUUGCUUCAAUUUAUAAUAAAGUUUUCAGGAUUUCUCAGAGGGCAGGCUUCAAGUAUAACUCGUUUGAAGUAAUGGUGCUUCAUAUAACAUUAUCCAGAGAAACCAAUGUUAAUGAUAAAUCCCCUGUUAUGUUUGUACUGGCUACUGUAUACAGGCCACCAGGGCACCAUACAGACUUUAUUAAAGAGUUUGGUGAUUUUACAUCCGAGUUAGUUCUGGCUGCAGAUAAAGUCUUAAUAGUUGGUGAUUUUAAUAUCCAUGUCGAUAAUGAAAAAGAUGUAUUGGGAUCAGCAUUUAUAGACAUUCUGAACUCUAUUGGUGUUAGACAACACGUUUCAGGACCUACUCAUUGUCGAAAUCAUACUCUAGAUUUAAUACUGUCACAUGGAAUUGAUGUUGAUAGUGUUGAAAUUAUUCAGCCAAGUGAUGAUAUCUCAGAUCAUUAUUUAGUUCUGUGUAAACUUCAUAUAGCCAAAAUUGUAAAUUCUACUUCUUGUUACAAGUAUCGAAGAACCAUCACUUCUACCACAAAAGACAGCUUUUUAAGUUAUCUUCCUGAUGUAUCCGAUUUCCUUAGCAUAUCCAAAACCUCAGAACAACUUGAUGAUGUAACAGAAACUAUGGACUCUCUCUUUUCUAGCACUUUAAAUACAGUUGCUCCUUUACGCUUAAGGAAGGUUAAGGAAAACAGUUUGACACCAUGGUAUAAUGAGCAUACUCGCACCCUAAAGAGAGCAGCCCGAAAAAUGGAGCGCAGCUGGAGGAAAACAAAACUAGAGGUAUUUCGUAUUGCUUGGCGGGAAAGUAGCAUAUCCUACCGAAAAGCAUUAAAAACUGCUAGAUCUGAUUACUUUUCUUCUCUUUUAGAAGAAAACAAACAUAACCCCAGGUAUUUAUUCAAUACAGUGGCGAAAUUAACGAAAAAUAAAGCCUCAACAAGUGUUGACAUUUCCCAACACCACAGCAGUAAUAUUAGAGAUAAAAUUGCAACCAUUCAGCCGUCAGCUACAGUAUUGCAUCAGAUGCACUAUAGACCCCCUGAGGAAUAGUUUGACUCAUUCUCU